AUGGAUAAGCGCAUCCAGUUCUUCAACCUCCUCGAUGGAAGUAAAGAGUUUGAGUGGACUGAUAUCAAGAUCAUGAGUGGCAAGGCCAUGACUGGUGAGGCCACGAACGAUGAGGCCAUAGACAAUGAAGACGGCGAGUCCAUGAAUGAUGAGGAUGCAUAUGAUGAAGAUGAUGAGGCCGCAGACAACGAAGAUGGCAAGGCCACAGAUAGCAAAGAUGGCGAGGCCACAGACGAUGAGGCCAUGGAUGGCGAGGCCACGGAUGGUGAGGCCGCAUAUAGUGAAGAAGGUGAGGCCAAGGAUGGUGAGGCCACGAACAACAAGGCCAUAGAUGAUGAGGCCACGGACGGCGAGGCCACAAACGGCGAGGCUACAAAUGAUGAAGAGGGCAGGGAAAUGGAUGGUGAGGUCGCAGUCGACAAAGACGGUGAGGCCACAGAUGAUGAAGAAGUGAGGCCACAAAUAGUGAAGUAG